ACCCCACUGCAUCAGACCACACUACAGCAGACCCCACUACAGCAGACCCCACUGCAUCAGACCCCACUACAGCAGACCCACUACAGCAGACCCACUACAGCAGACCCACUGCAGCAGACCCCACUAACAGCAACGACCCACUACAGCAGACCCCACUACAGCAGACCCCACUCCAGCAGACCCAACUGCAGCAGACCCACUACAGCAGACCCCACUACAGCAGACCCCACUGAGAGCAGACCCACUAGCAGCCAGUACCCCCACUACAGCAGACCCCACUACAGCAGACCCACUACAGCAGACCCCACUGCAGCAGACCCCACUACAGCACGACUCCACUGGCAGCAGACUCCACUGCAGCAGACCCCACUACAGCAGACCCCACUGCAACAGACCCCACUACAGCAGACCCCACUACAGCAGACCGCCACUGCAGCAGACCCCACUGCAGCAAGACCCCACUGCAGCAGACCCCACUGCAGCAGACCCCACUACAGCAGACCCCCAACUGCAGCAGACGCCCAGCUGCAGCAGACCCCACUGCAGCAGACCCCACUGCAGCAGACCCCACUGCAGCAGACCCCACUGCAGCAGACCGCACUAGCAGCAGAACCCCACUGCAGCAGACCCACUGCAGCAGACCCCACUGCAGCAGACCCCACUGCAGCAGACCCCACUGCAGCAGACCCACUACAGCAGACCCACUACAGCAGACCCACUACAGCAGACCCCCACUGCAGCAGACCCACUGCAGCAGACCCACUGCAGCAGACCCCACUAGCAGCAGACCCACUGAUCGCAGACCCCCCACUGCAGCAGACCCCACUGCAGCAGACCCACUGCAGCAGCCCCACUGCAGCAGACCCCACUGCAGCAGCAGACAACCCCUCUGCAGCAGACCCACUGCAGCAGACCCCACUUGCAGCAGACCCCUCUACAGCAGAACUCCACUACAAGCAGACUCACAUACACAGCAGAUUACACUACCAGCGAUUCACUACAGCAGACCCCAUACAUCAGACCCCACUCAGCAGCCCACUGCCCACUGCACAGCAGACACCCACACACUGGCAGCAGCCCCUAAGUCAAGACCCCACUCACAGACACCCCAGCAGCAGACCCACUGCAGCAGACCCCAGCGCCCCACCCCGCCGCUUUUUCACCCUUCAAUUUCCUCCAUGUCUACUAAGGUGA